AUGACUAUCCGGGAUUUCUUCGACUUUGACAAGGCUGAAUAUGCACAUCGUAUAUCCUACUACGAGACAGACCGACUCCGUAAGCAGGAGAUCGUCAAAACACGUCAGAUUACAGCUGGGAUAAUCAGUUCGCACAUCGGGGGCUGGGGCGCCGUCGCAUCCUCUGGAGGCACCCUCGUGCUCAGUGCGAUCGCAAUCCGUCGUGUUCACGUAGCAGAGUCGAAGCUGAAACUCAUCCGUGCCGAGCUUAAGAAACGAGAUGUUCCUCUGCAUAAACUACAGAAACGAGAUAUCUUGAUUCCCUUGGGAGCAUGCGCGGCGGGAAUGGGCGUUGGUCAUGUGUUUGAUCACGCCGCUGUUCAUGCCACUCACACCUGCGCUCCAGGACUGUUUCCAAGUGACUCUGUCGCACAUGCGUUCUGUAUGAAUCCUGGUGAUUCCAUCGGCGGGGCAGCGCAUGGGGCUACACAACAACUCCACGAGAUGGGCCACGCCAUAAUGAGCCUGGACAACGGGAGUUCAGCAGCUCAAAAUCUUGCGAGGGUCGCCAUAUCGGUUCCUCAGACGUCUAUUGAAGAGGCUGUCGGAUUUCAUACUGGUAUGGUUGCAAUGCAGGCUGCCGAGAGGGGUCUUGCUAGCGUGGCGUCUAGCAGCCUGGCAACGCAGGGCAUGAAAGCCAUGACUGGUGAUGCUGACCAGAUGGGUUCCGCAUAG